GAACGUUGUGAUGACUGGGGCGUGGAUACUAUGAAACACAAACCCGUCUACAAUGGAGAGCCGGCCAAAAUCAGAUGCCCGCUCUUUGAAGCCUUCUUGAAAUAUAACUACAGUACCGCCCACUCGGCUGGCCUGACCCUGAUCUGGUAUUGGAUCGGACAAGGCCGAGACCUGGAGGAACCCAUCAACUUCCGUCUUCCCGACAACCACAUCAGCAAGGAGAAGGAUACUCUGUGGUUUCGCCCUGCACUUCUCAAUGACACCGGCAACUACACGUGCAUGCUCAGAAACGCCACCUACUGCAGCAAAGUCGCUUUCCCCCUGGAGGUGGUCAACAAAGACCCCGGUUCGUGUGUCAGCCAAGCCGUCAAGCCAGACACGGUGAUGCGUUACUUGGAACACACCAAUGUCAAGCUCACCUGUCCGGAUGUGGAUGGUUUUCUGCCUGCCGGGACCAAGCCAAAAGUCCAGUGGCUGAGGAAUUGCGUCUCUGUGGAAGGCUUUCACGAGCGGUACCCCAACGGCCUCGUCCUCACGUUUGGUGUCGUGCGGGAGACUUUCAAGGGGGACUAUACUUGCGUGGUGACCUACAAAGAGAACGGCCAGGACUUCGUGCUGACUCGGACUCUCAGGAUCAAAGUGGUUGCCCCACCAGAGAAAGGGACGCCCCCACAGAUCUUCUCCCCAGACGACCGCGUUGUCUACGAACAACCAGCAGGUUCGGAGCUCGUCCUCCCUUGUCGAGUCUACUUCCCGUACCUGAAGGGCCUUCCACCUGAAGUCUCCUGGCUGGUUGAUGGAAGAAACACAGAUGAUAUCGUGGACCUCAAGAUAAACAUUUCCCAAAAUGAGAUUUAUGACGCUGUGGAAAAUUUGAACUAUGAAAAGAUUCUAAUUGUGCCGAAAGCGACAGAGGAGGACCUGAAGCGAAACUACACCUGCUAUGCCCGCAACCCACUGGGCGAAGAAUACAGGCAGGCCAUCGUGAAGUUGCAAGUUCCCGUUCCGAGAUACACCGUGGAGCUGGCCUGUGGCUUGGGAGCCACCGUCUUUCUCGUGGUCAUGCUGACAGUGGUCUACCACGUUUACUGGCUGGAGAUGGUUCUCUUCUACCGGGCUCACUUUGGGACAGAUGAAACCAUCUUAGAUGGGAAGGAGUUUGACAUUUACGUGUCCUACGCGAGGAACGCCGAGGAGGAAGAGUUUGUGCUGCUGACGCUACGAGGUGUCCUGGAAAAUGAGUUCGGCUACAAGCUGUGCAUCUUUGACAGAGACAGUCUCCCUGGCGGAAAUAUCACGGAAGCCAUUUUCGACUUCAUCCAGAAGAGCCGGAAGAUGAUCGUGGUGCUGAGUCCCGACUACUUGCUGGAGAAGAGCAUCAGCAUGCUGGAGUUCAAACUGGGCCUCCUCUGCCAGAACCACAUUGCCACCAAACUGGUCGUGGUCGAGCACCGGCCGCUCCUGCGGGCCCACCCCAGCAUCCAGCAGCUGAAGGACUCGGUGGCCUUCGUGACGUGGAAAGGGGAGAGGUCCAAGCGGCCCGGCUCCAAGUUCUGGAAGGCCUUGCGCCUCGCCCUGCCCCUGAGGAGCCUGAGCACCACCAGCUCCCCGUGGAACGAGAGCUGCUCUUCCCACUCCGACGUGAGCCUGGACCACGUCCAGAAGAAGAAAGGCCGCUUGAAAGGGCAGGCUGACGAGCAGGGCUCCCGGUCGGGCAUCCCCGUUCAACGAGGGCUGCCCCCUUUGCCCCGAGUCAAGGCCAAAGGCCACCCCAAGCCAUUCCUUGCUUGCCGAUGUUGCGUGGCCUACUGCGACGGGAACCACAAACUCAGCAGCCAGAGCCAUGGGGUGGGCAAGCCCAAGCGGCAGGUGCAGUCCCGCAAGGCCUUUGUUGGGGAACCAACGGGACCCCAGCACCAGACCAGCGCCAAACUCCCUCCUGCAGCCUCACAAACACCAGCCCUUGGUCUCCACCAGUACUCAGACUUGUCCAACAAUAAUGACUUCUACGUGCUCUAGCCAACGGCUUGCAAGCUCUCCUCCUCAGCCCUCAGGUGCAGAGAGCAGGAGAGGAUGACUUCCCCCGACAGUGACAGACAACAACAACCCUGCUUGAUAUGCAGAGUUGUGCAGGUGACUUGUGUGGGCCUGGUGGGUCAGUCCAUCCCACAGACCUUCAUGAAGGUAGAGGUGGCCCACCAGCAGCUCCUGGCUCAAAGAACGGAAGAGUUUUAAGUGUUAUUUUCAAGUGGUUCUUCAAGGGUCUCUAAAUACAUGAUGGGAAUCAGAAAUUUUUCCAGGGGAGAACAGAAGAGGGCGAGCAGGAUGAUCUGAAGGUUGGGGCACCUUCCUUAUAAGGACUGGCUGAAGACUCUGGGAUUUUUGAUUUAGAAAAGAGACGACUAAGGGGGAACACGAUAGAGGUUUAUAGAAUUGUGUACCAGGUAAAGAGAGUCGACACAGAGUCUUUCCCCACUACAGAAGGGAGCUAAGGUCGACUCGGUUCCCUUCAGUGGAGGGCGAUUCCAGGCUGUCCCCACAGCAACUGAGUUGGCCCCCUGGAACCAAGC